UGCUGCAACAUUUAUUGCAAAAGCAGGAAAUUGCUUAUUACUAAACUAGCUGGCAAGAGGGCAGGAGCUGAUGUGUUAUUGGCGCAGCACUUGCUUGGCUGUUGCCUUUCUCUCUCUCCUUCUCUUUCUUUUUGUUCUUCCCCCUCUCCCUCUCUCUUCCCCCCUCUCCUCCUUUUCUUUUCUUUCUCCCCCCCCCUUUUUUUUUUCAUUUUGGCUUCUAUUCAAAUGUGGGUCAGGGGUGAGCAGCUCCCAACGUCACAAGCUUGCAAGAUGGCGCUGGGAGGAAGGCUGUGAGAUGAGGAACAGGCUGGUAUAGCCCGAGAGCCGAAGGGGAAGGGGGAGCAAAGCCGCGGCUGCCCGUACAAUAAAACAGAAAACAGAAAUGAUGAGCACCCACAACUCACAUUGAAGUCAACAUCUUUGGGUCAAAUAUGCCCUCAAUCACAGCCUUGCAAUCUCGGUGACUUCAGAGGGACUGUUUACCCAUCUAUCAAACGGGUAUACUAUUUAUAGCUGCGUUCAAGGGUUAGCACAACAGAACAGCUACUGGACUGAGGCCUGGUCUACACCUAAAAUCGUCCCUGCUGGUUCUUCAUUCAGCAUCUGUGCAGCCACGUUCUAUUGAUGGCCUGUUGUGAUUUCAAUGGAACAUCAUGGGAUGUACCUGGCACGUCAGGCAGCACUGGAUGGAGGUGCCCUUAGCCCAAUGUACCUGGCAUGGUGGUAAAGUGAAGGUGAAAGGAAGAGAAGGUGGAGAUGGAACUGCCAAAUCAUGCCAAACAACUGCUACUGCAGCUGAACCAGCAACGAGCCAAAGGUUUCCUCUGUGAUGUGAUUAUUGUGGUAGAAAAUGCCCUGUUUCGUGCCCACAAGAACAUCCUGGCAGCCAGCAGCAUGUAUUUCAAAUCCCUCGUCCUGCAUGACAACCUGAUUAACUUAGACACGGACAUGGUGAACCCCACCGUGUUCCGACAGAUCUUGGACUUUAUUUAUACUGGGAAGCUCUUAACGACUGACCAGCCCGGUGAACAGAACUUUAAUGCUCUCCUCACCGCAGCAAGCUACCUCCAACUGCACGACCUGGCAGCUCUCUGCAGGAAGAAGCUGAAGCGGAAUGGGAGGUCUUUCGCUGGCAGGGCCGGCGGCCCCAGUGUCGGGAGACCCCCCAGGAGUCAGAGGCUUUCUACCACUUCAGUCAUCCAAACUCGUUAUUCAGGGUCAACUGAGGGCAUGAAGGGCUCACACUCAAAGGAGCUGCCAAAGGGAAAGGUCUCUGACGAUGAGAUCUUCAUCAGCAGCUCUAACCAAGAGAACUCUCACUCCUUAAGCAGGGGAGCCAGCAAGAACGGCGGCAGUGCAAAUGGAAGCAGCGGCGACCAGGAGCUCGGCCUCGACCUGUCCAAAAAAAGCCCGUCGCUCCCUGCGGCAGCCUCCCAGGACGACACACAGCACAGUGAAAGCCAGCACGGCUCUCCCCAAUCUGCCUCAGCCCCCGCAGCCAACAGUGCCUCAUCAUUCGACGAGUCUGCAGCCGGAGCCCCCCAGAGCGCAGCAGACAGCAGCGAGCCCAUGGAGAUGGACAUGAACGAGGAGAGCCACUCCCUGGCGGAGAGCGGCCAGCGCAAGAGCCUCCGGCACUCGGCGCGCAAGAAGGAGUGGAUCAAGAAAGACAAUGCUUUUGACCGGAAAGAGGGGGGCAAAGGUGGCGAGGAAGGCGAGGGGCUACCCAAUGGCAUCCUGGUGGGUCCCUUGUCCAAGUCGGCCGAGCGGAACCUGAGCAACGCCUAUGGCCCGGAGCAGGCAUUCCAGUGUAAAGAGGAGAUAGAAAACGGCAAGGAGAUGAGCGAUGACAGCGGACAGAGCGAGUGUGAGAGUGGGGGGCACACCAGCGCCAACUACGUCUACCGGCAGGAGGGGUUUGAGCCUGUGGCCUACGGUGACAACCUGUAUGUCUGCAUCCCCUGUGGUAAGGGCUUCCCCAGCUCCGAGCAGCUCAACGCCCACGUGGAGACGCACACCGAGGAAGACCUCUACAUCAAGGAGGAAGGCACAUAUGGCGGCAAGGAGGAAGCUGAGGAUUUGUCCAACCCUAACCAGCCCUAUGCUGCAGAAUCCCGGCCCUUUAAGUGUUCAGUAUGCGAGAAGAGCUACAAGGAUCCAGCCACUCUGCGGCAGCAUGAGAAGACUCACUGGCUGACACGGCCCUUCCCUUGCAACAUCUGCGGCAAGAUGUUCACACAGCGGGGCACCAUGACACGGCACAUGCGCAGCCAUUUAGGGCUCAAGCCCUUUGCUUGCGAGGAAUGCGGGAUGCGCUUUACCCGGCAGUACCGACUGACAGAGCAUAUGCGUGUCCACUCAGGAGAAAAACCCUACGAAUGUCAACUGUGUGGUGGGAAAUUCACCCAGCAGCGCAAUCUGAUCAGCCACCUGCGAAUGCAUACCUCUCCCACAUAAGCCAAAGACUCCAGAAUGAGCUUCAAGCCCAUCCGCAGUGAUUUACCUUUCUGUAGACUUGCUGCUUAAGAGGGCAACUCCCCUCCUCUGUUCAGUCAUGGGCGGCCUAAACAAACGUAGCUUUAAGAUUUUUUUUUUUUUUUUUUUAAAUAAAAGACAAAGAAACAUAGGUCCACAGCCAAGCUGAUGCCCUUCUCAAAUCAUUCCCCGCCCUCCCCCACCCCCUUUCUAAAUCUCAAUGGCGUGGCAAGAAAUGCCAUUUAUUUUUGUGGGUGUUGACUUGGUCUCUCUUUUGAUCCCUCCACCCAGGUAGCAGGAGUGAGGUCUCCUGCCUGUUGGAUGGUAAGUGGGAAUGGGGAGAGACAUUCCAUCUGAUCAGCUGGGGCUGUACCAACUCUUUAUUCCCCCUCCCCCCCCCCUUCCUUGGCACUCCUGUAGUGCUUUAUAGACAUUGAUCAAGUGUUAUUUUCUGCACUAACAAAAAGUGCAAGUGGAACGUGUUAUCCACUGGCUACUCUGUGGGCUUUGCCUUUCCUUUUGCAUUAAUGUUACAUUACUAAUGUCCUUACAACCAGAUUCAAUAAGGGCAUUUCUUGCGACUCCUUUAAAAAACAAAAAAUUUAAAAAAAAAAAAAAUGAACCCCAUUUUCCAACAAUGUGCUACAAAACCACAAAGCAUUGCUUUUGCUGUACCCAGUGCAGAAGCUGUGGACUGACUGUGACAGGGUUGGCAGCCCAUUUAAAUUCUGUGGGAAGCUGUGAUGGUGAUGGGAGUCGUCAUCCUUCCCCAUGAGGUGGAGAUGGCUAAAGCAGUCUACCUAGGUGUGUGCCACGUAGUGUUUCAGUUCAGGAAAUAGCAACACUUUUUUUUUUUUUCCCCCUUUUGGGUUUAGUCUUUAACCUUGGCAUACCUAACCACAUGCCUCACCCCUCCUCGCCACCUCUGCAGCCUUACCCAUGACUGAACAGGGGUGUGGGUGCCCUGGAAAUUUCUUUCAGUGAGCAGGGGGUAGUCUUUACUUUUCUAGUAGUUUCGUAUGAAUAUUCUUUGCUUAGAGGUACUUGUUUUAUUAAAGGAAAAACCAUUGUAAUGUUUAUGUGAAUGUUUGAACUGGAAGGUCUGAGGUUAAUUCUUGGGGUGGGUGGGGUAGGGAAGGGGUUUGAUGUAGGCUGGACUUGCUACAAGUUCCUUAGGUACUUUUUUUUAAAUUUUUUUUAUUUUAUUUUUGUGUGUGUGUAUGUUUUUAGCUUUCCUCCCUCACUAAAGAGCGAGUCUGUGUGAACAGACCCGUUACCUUUGCUACCUCUUGAAUUCAUGAGAACAAUAAGAUGGUUAGUGAAAGAUUAGGCAGGUAUUUUUUUUUUAUUGUAAGUAAAUGUAUAAAGUAGAAGCUAAAUUAAAAUUAAGGGAUUUUUUACCACCCCGUCCUUCCAUCAAAAGUCAGCUAGAAAAAUAUUAAAGCAAAGCUCGGCCAAAGACAAAAAUGUAUUAAGCCAGAGACCCAGUGCAUAGAUGCUUAGAAUGGUUCACUCAGCAAACUCCUGGCUUUUUUUAGUCACUUUUAGAUAAAAGGAAGGAAACUUCUUAGAGCUUUUGGGCCCUUUCCAGCUUUGUUUAUUGAACCUGGAUGCUAUGGAAAAAAGGUCCCCUCAUCCUCCAUUCUUCCAGCACAUCUGGGUCAGUGUGUAAACACCUGGCAGGACAGAGGGUGAGGGGAGUAGCAGCCUAUAACUUACUAGAAUCCAGAGUGCAAUAAGAUGGGGAGGAGGGGGGAAAAAAAAAAAACCAAAGUGUUUCAUAUCCUCCCUUUUAGAAAAUUGCUCGCGCGCGCACACACACACACACACACACACAUACACCUCAAAAUGAAAAAAGCAACAAAACGUUUUUGCAACAUCUGCCUAAGACAUCACAGCCAACAGCUGCUAUUGGUUUAGGAGAGAAGACAGAGAGUUUAGCCUGCCGAUUCUUGGCCCCUCAACUUUGUUGGCGUGACCUUGUGGAAAGCUAUGGCUUAUUUCAAGCCUCCCAUGACUGGUGGAGUGUGGUGGUAAAAAUUCACAGCCAGUAGAAUCAUCCCUUCUGAACUGAGUAAGGUUUACACACUCCCCCCCCGCCCCCUUCCCUCCCGGCUCAAAACUAUUGUCCUCUGUAUCCGUAGGGUUCACUGAACCCUGCAUGUCUUGUUUUCAAAACAAAAAACUUUUUUUUUUUAAGUUUUAGACCAAAAAAAGACAAGUGAGCAUGUUCAAUUAAAACAAAGAAAUAUAAGCUUCAUUUUCACUAGUGUUUUUCUGUUAAGGUAGACUAGUCCAUAAGAAGUUUUUUGGGUCAUUUGAAUGAACUGAGGAAACUGGAAUCCAGGCUCCAUGCAAUAGACAAACCAAACCUUGCUGAGCCUUGGCCUGGUGUCAUGUUCCACAGAACACACUUGUCCCCACUCCUUUGCCCUCCCCACACCACCAUGGUGGUUCUAGUGCCAUUGUCUUGUUGCUCCUAGACUCUGUCAGUGUGAGUCAUGGGGCACCCGUGGGGAGAAUGGAUCUCUUGAUCCAAGUGCUGAGAUGCGCUGUUUUUUAGUGUCUUUAGCAUUUCCAUGUUUAAAAGAAAAAAAAAAAUUCUUCCUCUGAGCCCUUGCCAAACCCUCCUGAGAAAGUCCCUUGAAACAUUUGAAUAGUGAAGGCCUCUUCUAUCCACCUUCUCCUCAGAGAAGUCUUUAGCUGGGCCAAGGAACAUCAGUGCAAGAUUAGCAUCUAGGCUUUUAUUUAUCCCCCUUUCCGCCUUUUCCCCUCCCUCUAAAAUUCCUAAAGCUGAAUUGAAUCCCAUAUUGGUUUAGAGUGCAGCCAGUGCAGAGUUCCCAUUGCCACUGGCUGGCUAAGAAACCACCGAGUCCAGAGUUUCAAAAUGAUUUUUCAGCUCUUUUGUUCAGGAACACAGCUGUCAAUGGGGCUUUGCUGCUUCCUUUGUGGGGCCUUUUUUUUUUUUUGUUCCUGAUUGUGGUGCUACAGUGAAUGUCUCCAUUCCAUGCUGCAGUUUCCUGAGGUGCCUCUGCCACACGCUCCCACCCUCUCUAAUGCAUCAGUGACCGGACUAGCCAGGCUAGGAAUUGCUAGAGCAAAGCUGGUAAUGGGAAGGGCGGGGGGAGUGUGUGCGCAGAAUCCAGCUUUCGGAAACUAGCUCAAGCUGUGACUGACUGAGCCAAGACGUGGAAUAGCCCGGAGAUACAGAGAGCGCUAAGACCAGAGCUAGGCCCUGUUAUUGAGCAGAUACCCCACUCCCCCGUGUUUGAUUAGACUUACAGGUGUGUGUGGGUGGUUGUUUGUUUUUUCUCCCUCCUUGGUUUGUUUUUUAAGCCUUGAGAAUCAUUUUGAAGCUCAGGACCCAAUGCUAUAUAUUUUGUAAAGGAGCCUCCUUUAUUUUAUUUUUUCCCCCCUCAGCACUUAAACAAUACGACAUAAAGUCUGUGUACAGCAAGAGUAUUGUACAAAAGGAAAUUUGUUUUUCUUUUUCAAGUAGCUGUGUUAGAGGUGUGUUCCAUAGACUGACUCUAAACAACAUUUUCCAAAUUGUGACAGUAAUAAUGAUGAAUAACUAGUAAUACUCAAAACUUCAGGGACUGUUUGAGGCCUGCUUGGGGGCCUGAACACUCAACCGCAUUUGUACGACAUAGUAUUGUAUCAAACAUUUUUCUGUAUUUUAAUGAGAAAGCAAAACACUAGUUUCAUAUUUAAGAUUUUAAGAGUUUUAGGGUUGGGGGGAGGGAGUUACAUUUUUUAAUUUUGUUUUUUUUUAUUUUUUUUUAAUUUUUUUUUUUUUUUUUAAGAUACACAAAGAGCCUCAAGAGGAAUAAAACAAUUUAAAAACAAAAAUAGAGGCCAGGCAGCUUAAAUAUAUGCUUUAGUCACUUAGUUCCAGAAUGUUUUCGGAGUAACAGGAUAAAAUAGCAAAAGUUGUAUAAAAAAUAAAAAAGCUCAUACCCAAAUUCACAAAACUAUUUUUUAAACCAAAGCACAUUUGAAUGAGUAUGGAACCUCACUUGGCUCAGAAAAAUACUAAUAUAUUUAUCUCAUUGUUUACAUAAACUUUUACAGUUUCAGACCUCAACAGAUCUAGGGGCCAGUCAAAAUUAAUCUUUGCUUUUUCCAUUGAUUUGUCUUUGAAGACUAUAACAACAUUUCUUAAACUAGAAGCACGCAAAAACAAAAAGUCAGCCAUGAACCAAACUGCAUUCCAACACGACUUACGGUCUGGGAGAUGUAAGUAGGGAAAUGGGUUUAUUUUAUUUUUGUCCUCAUAACCCAUAAGAGAGGUCUUAGGAGAAAAAAGACACGACAUCUGCAGGGUUGUGUUGGGUGUGGAGUCUUUGUUGAGGGGGUGGGUAGCCUCAUCUGAUGUGUUUCGUUGCUAAGUUACAAAAAGAAAAUUCCACAGUCUAUCAUUGACAACUAAGGUAGAGUAGGCCGUGGGUCUGUGCCAAUGGGAAACGGGUGCAGAAAGAAGAGAGUGGCUAUUAGUCCUAAGCAGCCCGGCUCUUCCUCUGAAGGUCUGGCUGUGUGACCAGCAGCGUGGGGAGGAAUAUACAAGACUCUAGAAAGGAGAGACUGAUGUUGCCUGCAAAUGACUCCAGCCACCGUACCCCGCACGUUUCCCUAACAUUGGCCACAAGAGCUGGGCUAAUCUCACAGUCUAUCCCUUUAGUGGGAGCUGCCAAAAGAAACCCAAAAGCCCAGCCCUGUGCUGUAGGGUAACUGAGAGAAGCCACAAAGAUCACAGGAGACACCAAAGAGCUCUUGCCACGCAGCUUCUGUGAGUCUUCGUCGCUGUGGAAGAGAAGGGAAAGUGCAACUUUCAACUGGCCCUCUGCACUGAAUAAAAACUAUUGCAGAGACCACAGAACUCCCUGCUGGAAUGAAGAGGCCAACCUGGGUAGCUUUAAUGGUCUGGAUUGAGGGAAGUAGUAUAUUUGUACAUAUAGCGCCCUUCCUACAUUCAGGAUAGUGCAGAAGCAUGAGCCAAACUGUUUGGACUGUUUUAUCCUUCUGUUAAUUAAGAUAGCUCUACUAAUUCACUCCAAACCUUAAUAUCUUGUGUAGAAGAGCCCAGUCAAAACCCAUGUGGAAACAUACGCUUGAUUUGCAUGUUAGAAUAGUCUAAAGAUUGCCAAUGACGAUGGUUUGUUAAAAUACCGCUGAAGCCAAAAACAAAACAAA